AGCCAUCCCAAGGAAUCAGUCAAACAACACAUUGUGUCAGAGGCUGCAAACCACCAACACACUAUAGGGAGAGCGAGCCAGGAGCACAAAAAUAGUACAGAUAAAGAGGGACAAGUCAGGCAGGGGGGCGCAGGCGCCGCAGGGGGCAUUUAGGGAGAAGGGAAGACGACGAGGAGAGGCUGCACCAGAACGUUAUUAGGAUCUAGGAAGAAAAAGAAACUUUGUGAUGAGAGCUAUAGGAUUGUGGCGCGAUCGACAAGACAGAAUUCCUUUCUUGUGCAUGAGGAUUUCACUACACUGAGAGAAAGGAAGAAGAGGGUCGUUGUGACAAAAUUAAAGAACAUUAACGGACAGUAAUACCACCAGCAAAGGGGCAAAGAAAGAAGGCAGAGGAGAGGACACGUCAGGAAGACUAUGGAGUUGGGGUGUAGAUAGAGCGGAGAGGUGAUUGUGAAGGGCGGACAGAUAGCAGGAGUGGCAGAAAGUCACACACGCUAGAAAGAAGAAGAAGAAGGGGAAAGUCACUUUGACAGAAAAUAAAGGAUGAGACAGUAAGAAGAUAAGAUGUACAAAGUGAAUUGAGAAACAAAAGAACAACUUUGCUGAAGACGCAGGAACAAUGGAACUCUCCAUCUGUCUGUCGGUCGGAGUCGUCUUCGUCUUGGGUCUUGUUCCCUCGUGUAUGAUGCGAGCGUCGAGACCUCCAAAGUGGAAGUGUCCGGCGUCCUGUAACUGCACCGUGGAUAAUGUCCUGUGUGAUGGAUCAAGCUACAUACCCAAAACAUAUUCCCUGGAUAUCAUCUCCAUCUCGUUUCUAAGAUGUGGAUUCACCAGCAUCCCACCCGACAGCUUUUCUCCUUCCCAGACAAUGCAGAUUCUGUUAUUCACAUCUUGUUCCUUCGAUGGGAUUUCUGAUGAUGCCUUUCUGAAGCUGAAACACUUGGAGUACUUGUUCAUUGAAAACAACAACAUCAAAUCAAUCUCGGGAAACGCAUUGCGCGGACUGCGGUCGCUGAUACACCUGAGCUUGGCUAAUAAUCAUCUGGAAUCUCUUCCUAGUGGUUUAUUCCGGUCCCUGACAGCAAUCAAGCACAUAGAUUUGCGUGGUAACCCCUUACACUGUGACUGCCAGAUCAAGUGGCUCGUGCAAUGGAUCAGCGGGGAGGGGAAGAACGUGGCCGUGUGGCCCCCUUUACCGUGUGAGGAACCGGCAAAAUUCAAAGGGAUGACCUUAAAUAACCUGUCAGAGAAAGACUUCUACUGCAUGACCAGCAACAUUGUCCAGCGGUGGACCUACAAGUUGCCGUCCUUGUCCGUCAGGUCUUUUGAAUAUCUCUCUGACCAGCAUGUGGUGAUCACUCACCCAUUUGAGGGUCGCUGCACCUUCCUGGAGUGGGAUCAUGUGGCUUACGAAUUCAGGCACUAUGAUAGCGUCAAAGGUAUCUCCAUUGUCUCGUGCCUGCCUUUGGUUAUCGGAAGGCAGCUGUUUGUCGUGGUUGCCCAACUUUUUGGCGGCUCCUCCGUUUAUCGUCGAGACCCAUCAGCCGGAAGCGCUUCCUCCUUCCAACUCUUCCAACACUUUCCCGAUAUCCGCAAGCCCAACGACAUUGAGAGCUUCACUACAGCGGAAGGCGAGCACUACUUCGUCAUCGCAGACAGCGCCAAGUCCGGGGCCAGCACCUUGUACCGGUGGGACGGCCGUGGAUUCUACCCUCAACAGCAGCUGCCUCGCUGGCACCGCGAUACUGACGCUGAAACUCUACUCCUCUCAGGUUCCCCGCACCUCAUCAUGAGCAGCGGUUCUCAAAGGCCACUUGUCUACCGGUUUGAGAACAAGCGCUUAGUGCGGCUGACGGACAUCCCGGAGGCUUGGGAUGUGUACGCUGUGAAGCACUUCACGGAUGCCGAGGAUGGGGUGUUUGCUUGCUUGGUCCGGUAUAUGGGGGACUCCUCUCUCGUACGUUGGGAUGGCUCCAUGUUUCGUCAGCUGCAGCAGCUUCCAUCACGCGGUUCCCAUGUCUUUCAACCGCUGUUGCUCGGCCAGCGGUGGCACGCUCUCCUUGGGAAUGACUUUGGCUACACGUGGGUUUACCAGUUAGAAAAAUGGAAACAUUGGGAGGUUGAAGAGUCGAUUGAUAAGGAUGGACCACUGGGACCUUUGGUGCCAUUGCAGGAACUGAAGGUCCUGGAAGCCCGGGCUUUCACCACCGUCAAGGUGCGGGGCCGGCAGUUUGUUUUUGUGGCAAGCUUUGGAGGGGAUACUGUGGUGUAUGAAUAUGUGGAGAAAGAAAACUCAGUAUGAGGCAAAAAAAAACUAUUAACAAAUGUGGUGGAAAAGUGGACACCUUUAGGUGAAGAGCGACGGCCUUGUUAAAAGUCCUGAAAACAGGGACACGCCUACUAAAAACAAAAACAAAAAACAACACCCACAGAUGCUUUUCCGGAAUUUUGGGUUUAAAGGGAAACUAUCAGACACCGGAGUUUACAGGGAAAAGUAAACAGCAAGUGUUGCUAAACUUUCCGAUUGGCCAAAGUCCCGUACAAAUAUUUAAAGGCUCUAGUCUAGCAUCUUGUGGGCCUAUACCGGAGAAAGGGACUGGAGUAUGGUUCCACCUCAUCCAGGUUAAUCCAGCAGUGAUAUAAUAGGACAAGAGCUUUUGAGGCCAGUAGCCACCAGGGGGCAAGUGUAAAUAAAAUUGGAGUGACCAGGCUACAAAAUUAUAAUUUUUUUUAAUUAAGCCAAAUAAAAUGUUACUUAAUGA